GCAGUUUGUUGAGUGUGCCGGGGUGAGAGAGGAAGGCAGAGAGCCGACAGUAGGGACGGAGCGCAGAAGCGAGCGCAGUUUUCUCUCCCAGGCUUUCGCACAAACCUCACAUAGUAUGCGUAAAGAUUCGAGUGCGGACCGGCACUAGACCAGAAGGGCAGCUGAACUCCUCCACGACCCCAUGAGUUUGGUUUGGCCUGCCAGGACCACCUGAGACUAGUGGUGAGCUAGUCGCAGCACCCUCGGCUGUACCCAGCAUCUCCCGUUCCCGUCUUCUUCUUCCUCUGCCUAUUCCCAUCAUCUUCUGCCUCGUCUUUCCUGCUUCUCGUGGGAAUCAAACGUCGUGAUGUCUCUCUCCGCCUCUCCUGCCCCCUUCCUCCUCUUCUUCCUCUUCCUCCUUCCACUGCCACCCUGCCAGCCAGAGUCCCAGCGCAGUGACCCCAGCAUGAACCCUGACCCAAGAACAGCCUUGCCCUCCAUAUUUCCCUCCUCCUCCGUCCUGCCUUCCUUAUCUAAUGAUAAUAGUACAUCACCCAGCAUUGGGGAUAAGUGUGAUGAGGUGACCGUGUGCAAGCCAGGCAUCCUGUUGCCUGUCUGGUACCCCGAAAACCCCGGAGUCGGUUACCAGGUGGCCAGAGCUGUGGUCUACUUCCUGUCACUCAUGUACAUGUUCCUGGGAGUGUCCAUCAUUGCUGACCGCUUCAUGGCAUCCAUAGAGGUCAUCACAUCUCAGGAGAAGGAGGUGACCAUCACUAUGCCUAACGGGGAAACGUCAGUGGCGACGGUUCGAAUCUGGAAUGAAACAGUGUCCAAUCUGACGCUCAUGGCUCUGGGCUCCAGCGCUCCAGAGAUACUGCUCUCUGUUAUAGAGGUGUGUGGUCACGAAUUCAAGGCUGGCCAGUUGGGUCCAGGAACCAUCGUCGGCAGUGCUGCCUUCAACAUGUUUGUGAUCAUCGGGAUCUGCGUGUGGGUGAUCCCCAACGGCCAGAGCCGGAAGAUCAAACAUCUGCGGGUGUUCUUCAUCACCGCGUUCUGGAGCAUCUUCGCCUACAUCUGGCUCUACCUUAUCCUGUCUAUCAUAUCGCCGGGUGUCGUGGAGGUGUGGGAGGCCCUGGUCACCCUGCUCUUCUUCCCUGUCUGCGUCAUCCUGGCUUGGAUCGCUGAUCGGCGCCUGCUCUUCUACAAAUACAUGGGCAAGCGUUACCACAAGCGCCAUGGCAUCGUUGUCGAGACUGAAGGGGAUUUGACACCCAACAAAGGCGGCAUGGAGAUGAUCAUAGAUGGCAAGUUCCCAGCGCGAGGGGGCGCUGUGGUUCCUGCUGAAAACUGUGGGGGCGGCACUCAGGACGGGACCACAGGCGCCACAGCCAACAAUAUUGGAGCGGCAGCAGGAGCCGUGGGAACAGGAGGGGGAGCCAAUCUGCCCCACUCCAACAGCGCUACAGUCAAUGUGGAAAGCAUCAAGGAGCUGGAUGAGAGCCGCAAGGAGGUGAUUCGUAUCUUGAAGGAGUUGAAGCAGAAAUAUCCUGAUAAAGAGCUGGACCAGCUGGUGGAGCUGGCCAACUACUACGCCUUGCUGCACCAGCAGAAGAGCCGAGCUUUUUACCGCAUUCAGGCGACUCGUAUGAUGAUUGGAGCUGGAAACGUCCUGAAGAAGCAUGCAGCGGACCACGCGCGGCGCACAGCCGUAGCUGAUGAGGAGGCCCCAGAAGACGACGAUAUGGCUGUGUGCAGCCGCAUCUCAUUUGAGAGUCCUCACAGUCAGUGCAUGGAGAACUGCGGCGUCCUGAUGCUGGCUGUGGUGUGUCAAGGUGGUCUGGGAGAGAACACUUUCUAUGUGGACUACAGAACAGAAGAUGGUUCAGCCAACGCUGGAUCAGAUUACGAAUACACCGAAGGAACGCUGGUGUUCAAGCCUGGAGAGACUCGCAAAGAGAUCAAGAUUGGCAUAAUCGAUGAUGACAUAUUUGAAGAGGACGAGCACUUCUUUGUCCGCCUGUUGAAUUUGCGUGUUGGUGAUGCAGAGGGGAUGUUUGAAAGCGACGAAGUGGGUGCCACACCCAAAGCUCGCUUAGUUGAGCCCCUGGUGGCUACGGUGACUAUCCUGGAUGACGACCAUGCUGGCAUCUUCACGUUUAGCGAACGAAUGGUACGCGUGAGUGAGAGCGUGGGCACAAUGGAGUUGACGGUGGUGCGCAACUCAGGCGCCCGUGGCACAGUCAUCCUGCCGUACCACACCGAGUCAGGCACCGCCAAGGCUGGAGAAGACUUCGAGGAAGCCCGAGGAGAGCUGGAGUUCACCAACGACCAGACCAGUCAGACUCUCCAGGUGAGGAUAAUUGAUGAUGAAGAAUAUGAAAAACAUGAAAACUUCUUCAUCGUGCUGGAGGAGCCGCGCUGGCUGAAGAGAGGAAUCUCAGCUCUGCUGCUCAACCAAGGCAUGUCACUCUCCAAGAUUGUGUUAAACAAUCUGGUUAAGUCCACUGCUCUCUCGCCUAGACAUCUCCAUACCUCUAAAGAGGGGACAGAGGGGCAGAUGACUGCUGAGGAGGAGGAGGCUCGGAGGAUAGCAGAGAUGGGGAAACCCAUCCUGGGAGAGCACAGCCGCCUGGAGGUGGUCAUUGAAGAGUCGUAUGAGUUCAAGAGCACUGUUGACAAGCUCAUUAAGAAGACCAACUUGGCGCUGGUUAUCGGCACACACUCCUGGAGGGAACAGUUUGUGGAGGCGGUCACUGUCAGUGCAGGUGAUGGCGAUGAUGACGAGGAGGAAGGUCGUGAGGAGCGCCUUCCAUCUUGUUAUGACUACGUCAUGCAUUUCCUCACCGUCUUCUGGAAGGUUCUGUUUGCCUGCGUCCCGCCAACAGAGUACUGGAACGGCUGGGCCUGCUUCUUCGUGUCCAUCAGCGUCAUCGGCCUCCUCACCGCCAUCAUCGGGGAUUUGGCAUCACAUUUCGGCUGCACUGUGGGGCUGCGGGACACCGUGACCGCCGUGGUGUUUGUGGCGCUGGGAACAUCCAUUCCAGACACCUUUGCUAGCAAAGUGGCUGCCAUACAGGACCAGCAUGCCGACGCAUCGGUUGGAAAUGUCACUGGCAGCAACGCAGUUAACGUGUUCCUGGGGAUCGGAGUGGCGUGGUCAGUGGCCGCCGUGUACUGGAGAAUCAAAGGAAAGGAGUUCCAGGUGGAUCCUGGAUCACUGGCGUUCUCCGUCACGCUCUUCACCAUCUUCGCGUUCAUCUGCAUGUCCGUGCUAUUGUUCAGACGCCGGCCCUCCAUCGGCGGAGAGCUCGGCGGCCCGAAAGUGUCCCGCCUCCUGACCACCCUCCUGUUCCUGGGUCUGUGGUUCCUGUACAUCCUCUUCUCCAGCCUGGAGGCCUACUGUCACAUCAACGGCUUUUAAAGAGGAGAUGAAGAAUGUUCCAGAAGAAUUUUGCACAGCAGCACACACAAAAUCUUUGACUGUCAGUCCAUUCGGUCCACGGUUUAACACGAAACAAGUGUAAGAUUCAUCUGGUUAAUAGGGCUUCAGAUACAUGUUCACAAACACACAAACACUACAUUUAAGCAUGUGUAAACAGCGCAUUUCAAACACACUCAUUGUUACUUGAAAGAUGAGGGUUAAGAGGAAGUAUUUUUGGAGGGUGAGAGCGUGAAAAUGAAAGGUUACUGCAGAUAGUUAACAGGCAGCAGACGGAGAGUGACAGAGAAUGACUGUGAUGGGAGAUUCAGAGGUAAAAAGAAGGUCAGGUCAGCCAGAGGAUGCUUUAUUCACUUUAAAGCCAGGUGUGUUUAUUUUGAGUUGAGGAGCUCACUUGCAGGAUCAGACCACUGAGAUGGAUCACAAUCCUGUGAGCAUUGAAGGAAAAAUACUUUUGUUUUCCUUUAGUCUGUCAUUCAGACCAUCAACUCUGCAGCUUCAUGCUUCUUCACUGAGGAAGUGGAGGAGCACUGCAUCAAAUAAGGAGUCGAAUGUUUACAACAACAUUACAUUUGUUUACUACAAGAGAUUCUUAUAUAGUGGUGAUGCUUGUCUAAUACGCAGUAUAGCUGAAGGUGGCUCUCCACACGCGCUGUAAAUAGUACAAACCGGUGUUCAUAUAGAGUGCAGUAAUUUCACAGGGCAGGCUGCCACACAAAAGGAUGCAGAGGCAGAAACGCCAGGUUUCUACUGUCGUUGUCAGCAAAACUUAGAUGAUUUUCAAAUUCAUGCACAGACUGGAACACUGGUAGUUGCAAAGAUUACAAAUGUCAGCGGUUUUAGUUUUAGCGACAUGCUAAGUGGAAAAUAAAAGUUUUAGCAACCAAAACAAGCAAAUAGGAAGCUGCAUAAGUGUAACACUGACUAAAAGAACAUCCUUGUACCAAUCUCUUUACCGGACCACAGCCCCUCUGACAGGGGCUUGCAUAUAAAGCUGAAGGAUUAUUUUUUGCAUGUAUAGCCAUGUACAGAGCAUCUUCACAUUAUAUGUCAUGUACAUGCUAUGAAAAAGGGAAUAACCAGCCUGAUUAUCCACCUGUAAAUUACAUCCCUGUGUUUUUGUGUCGACUCGGUGAACAGAAACUGUCAGCUAGUCCUUGAUGUUAAAUCUUCCUGUAUAAAACAGAAGAAGCCGUUUGGUCCGGGAGGAACAAAAAGGACAUUUUCCUCUCCUGAAGGACCAAAUAUGCGCUCUGACACUCCCGAUGUGUGCAGUGUCAUUUAAAAACUUUGUCUGAGGCAGUCAGAUGGGCUGAUGAGCUGCAGUCAGCCAUCACUGUGUUACUGUUAGUGGCAGACUCGUCCAUUCCUUUAUCUUAAGCGACAGCAGCAUGGGCAGACAAACAUGUACGGGUGGUUAACAGGACUCAACAAUGUUAGUUUACUCUCAAAAAUAAAGUCUCUAAAGUUGCUGAUUGCGAUCAUCAACAUCCGGUCUGCAGCAUUUGUUAGGAAAAAGCUAAUAAUCUACACAUUAAUUAGGCUGCAGGACUGUAGUCUACAGCACACUGAUGCUUUAAGAGGGCAAACAAAGAAUGCCUUAAGGGAAGCUCAAGUAAAAAAAUCUAGUAUUCAAGAUUUCUGCUGUACAAACUGCCCAGGCUGCACUUUAUUUAACAUAACUAAAACACUGUGUUGUGCUUAUCUUUUCCUCCAUCAUUCUAUAAGUGGUUACUGUGCAAUAUACGAAGGGAGAACUGUCUCGAGUUUCCACUGGUUCGGCUAACACCAGAUCCAGGUGGACCCAUCAUGUUGUCCCGUGCGAUGUAAUUCAUCGCCUCUCAUUCACCAGAGGGUCUACUUCAAACGAGCGUGUCUACACGGGAGUGGCAUAGUGCCACAGCAGAGACUGGUUUCUAUGGGAAAUGCAUUAGGAAACACGGCUCUGCAAGGCAUGCAUGUGUUGCUCAGCAUUGCAUGGCAGACUUGGAACAAAUGUUCACAAGCUACUGAAGAAAUCAGCUGCUAAAUACACCAUAAAACACUGGAUGGUGUGCGAACACGCUCUGAUUUGUUUCGACAUUUCCACGCUGGCAUUUCAGGGCUACUACGUUCAGCACUGAGAUGCAUGAAGCAGGAAAGCCAGUGUGUGAAAAAUGUCACAACAAACAGCAGUAAGAUUGUCUUAUAAUAAUAAUAAUGACUAGAAGCUUCAAUUAUUAUUAUUAUUAUUAUUAUUAUUAUAACAACUGCCUAAUUUCUGUCCUAUUAAAUAUAUUUCUUUGAGGACAUUGCAUUAUAAACCUCUCACCCACAGAUGAUAAGUGCUAUACAAGUGGAACUCUUCAUUAUUGUUGUUAAACAUGACAAUUUGAAAAGGAUUCGAUUGGUUAACCCUGACUAACUUUGUAAACUUUCUAAAAUCCAGUUUUGUAUCUUUUUCCUUGCAGAUGUAGCCAAGGUAGAUUUUUUUGUAUUUCUAAACAACAUUUAGGAUCAUUUCAGUGUAUAAAGCUGGUAUGUAGACUACAUGGUGUCUGAAUUUAGUGGAUUAGACUUUGAUAUAUUUUCCACAGAGAGGAGUCUCCCCUUUAACGGUGUAGUAGUGCAUCAUAACCAAACUUUAAAGCAUCUAAUUUACUGAAAUACACGGUCCGCUAACUCAUUUGUGUCUUUGUUUUUCAUGUAUAGUAGAUAAUUUAUAUAUUUAUUUAUUUAUUUAUAGAAGAUUAUUUCUCUAAGCAUAAGAUGUGCUGCAGGUCCUUGAGGACAACAGUUUGGAGUUUAUUCAAGGAAUUAGGUUUCAAUGUGCAAUACGAGAAAAGGUUCAGCUGCAGCUUACUUUGUUCGAGCUCGGUCCGUGUCUUUUUUUCUGCCGCAGUGUUUGUUGUAACCCUCCGCCAGUGUACACUUCUUCAUGUUGUCCUUGUGACAGAGGAACUUUGAGUGUAAGUAGCAUGUUUACAUAAAGAAACAGUGUGGAACAUUGCCAGUAUAAUUGUCAGUCUCAGGCUGUUGUGAGCUAAAGUUUUGUAGAUAUUAGCUGUGGCUGUGAGGCAGGUUUGUUGUGUGUGAGGUUCAAACAAUCCCCUGAACAGUAGUUUACUCACUCAAACCACCAGGUGGGACCAACAUUAGAUAUGACACACACACACGCACACAUGCAGAGGUCUGCUGAACUCUUGUGUAAUGACCAGCACCAGCAGGAACAGAGCGAAUCACCUCCACAAUGUGUGCAUUUGUGACCUCGGUGUGGCCCAGGAGCCAAAAACAGAACUGUCUACAAUGUCCGGACAAUGUUCCAUGUUUCCACAAACUUCUGUACUAACUGUCGGCCUUUGGCCUUCGCUGUUCUGUAGCUAGAUGUGAUGCCCCCACCCCCCAGCUUUUUUCAGCCUCCCCUCCUUACCUGCCCCUCCCCAGUGUGCAUCCAUGUUUGCAUCCCCUCCUGUGUUCCCCUGCACAUGCAUGAUGAAGAAGCCCGGUGUACGUGCGUUAUAGCAGCAUGGUCUACCUAUGCCUCUCGGUUAUUCUGUCAGAUCGAUUCCCCACAGUAGGAUUUCAAAACAUCUGAGUCUUCUUGUGAAAUAAAGUGAGCAAGUGUGACACGCACAACCACAGCUCGGUUCAGACAGACUGAACAGAAACACAAACAAGCGCCAUUCCUGGAGUCAGAGUCUCCUCCUCACCUGUUUCUGUAGAAGCUGUGAAAAGAGAUCCUGCUGUGCUGGGUCAAGGCUACAUCCCAGGUCAUCUUUUUGUUUGUUGGUGUAUGAUAUUUCAGUGUCUGUGUUCGUGUUCAGCCUCCUCUCCUCCCCUCCCGGGUCUUGCUCUCUUCAGUGUGUCUCUCUGUGAAGUCGUUUCCUGUGAUGAUGAAAAUUUCUCUCUGCCUGAAUCUUUGUAGGGAAAUAAUGACUGAAAUUAUUACAAUGUCAUGUGAUAGACAUAAACAUUUAUUCGAUACUGUAAUAAAUUAACUAAAGAUGAUAUUUAAGUUUUUUUAUGAAAUGCAAGAAAAAAAUCUUAGAAAAAAACUUGGUUUUGAAUCAUGGCAUGAGGUGUAACGUGUUCCUGAAAGAAAACGAAGGUCUUUAAUCAAGUGAAGUUGACCUUAUUUAAAUAUAGUUUAUUUAUUUUCAA